AUGGAGCUCUUCCUGCUCAAAAGGACAGGAGAGACUCCUCCUCUAAAGUUUGAACGUCUGCGUGUCGCUACAUUGAAUGUGAACGCGGCGGCAAGGCAGUGUAGCGUGCUGUCUUAAAAAUUCAGAUAACAUCUCUCUCCUCUACAAUGCAUUAACACUCUCUCCUACAAUUAAUUAACAUAUCUCUCCUCACAAUUCAUUAACAUCUCUCUCCUCACAAUUCAUUAACAUCUCUCUCCUCUACAAUUCAUUAACAUCUCUCUCCUCUACAAUUCAUUAACAUCUCUCUCCUCUACAAUGCAUUAACAUCUCUCUCCACUACAAUUAAUUAACAUCUCUCUCCUCUACAAUUCCUUAACAUCUCUCUCCUCUACAAGGUCCUAAAUGAGGACCAGGACAAAGUCAUCUCCAACCUCCUGGAGAACCACAUACAGGUGUGUGUGUGUGUGUAUGUGAGAGAGAGAGAGAAAAUAAAUACAAUUGUACAUUGAUUAAAGAAAGAGCAACCAGAUAUUGCCAUAAUCUUCUGCUUCUCUCUCCCUCUGUGUGCGUGUGUGUGUAUGUGCGUGUGUGUGUAUGCACGCGUGUGUGUGUAUGCGCGUGUGCGUGUGUGUGUGUGUAGGGUAGUGAGGAGCUGCAGCUCUCUGUGGACCACAUUAAACAGAUAAUCUGUAUCUUGAGAGAUUUCAUCCACUCCCCGGAGCGACGCGUCAUGGCAACAACCAUCUCCAAACUCAAACUGGACCUAGACUUCGACUCCACAUCCAUUAACCAGAUACAACUUGUUCUUUUCGGCUUCCAGGACUCAGUGAGAACACACACAUGCGCACACACAUACAGUGCAUUCGGAAAGUAUUCAGACCCCUUUACUUUUUCAACCUUUUGUUAUGUUAUAAUUAGGCUGUCAAAUGAUUAAAUUUGUAAUCAAAUUAAUCAGAGUUUAGUGGAUUAUCAUGACAUCACUAUUUGCAAUUACACCUGAUCCUAACCAUUUUUUUCUGAAAUGCAUCCAAAAGAUAAAUACGGACAGAUCAUAAUUUCAUAUUAUUCUGUUUUACACAGCCAUAUGGUUUUAAAUCAAGGAAAUACUACAACAUAUUUGUUUUGUAAUGUUCCUCACUCUCUGGAUUCCUCUACCAGAUGUACAAUUACAAUCAAUUGAAAGAAAGCAUAAUGUAGUCAAAUCAUACGUGACCACCACUUUUUGCACAAUUGAGUCAUCUGUGGAAAAAAACAUUUUCAUAAAACUUUUAAAUCAAACCAAAGAACAAUAUUUUACCUUUUCCUCCAUUCUUUAAUCCAGUUGCUCAAAAAUCCAGUUGCUAACUACUAUAACAUGUUGCACUGAAACUGGUCUUUUUGUUUGAACAUCACCUUUCAAAUCUACUGAGCUUCAUCAUCUUUCAGCCAGUUGCUGAGGCAAACUAACUUGUUCACAUUUUCUGAAAGUAAAGCUGACCUUUUCUUGUUCACAAUGUGACCUGCAACUGAGAAAAGUCGUUCACAGGGAACAGUGGUUGCAGGAGUGGCUAGAUAUCAAAUUAUCUGAGGUUGAUUUUGUUAAUUGCCUGCAAACAUUCAGCGUGGUCUGGCGCAAACCACUUGCUGAAUCUGACGGCCCAGCAAACGCAUGUUUGGCGUUGACAUGGUACUUCAAGCUUGAAACAGCUCCGGUGAAAUUGAAACUCCUUCUUACAAAUCUUGCAAAUAACCUUGUACUUGUUAACUGUACCAUCAUCAUUCUUUUUAUAUUUGAAUCCGUCAAUAGGCCCACUUUAUAUAUAAUGGUCCUCUGUAGGCUCAAUUGGUAAGCAAAUGGUCCUCUGUAGCUCAAUUGGUAUAGAGCAUGGCGUUGUAACGCAGGGUAGUGGAUUCGAUCCCUGGAACCACCCAUACUUAAAAAUGUAUGCACACAUGACUGUUAAGUCCGUGCCUUUGGAUAAAAGCGUUCUGCUAAAUGGCAUAUUAUAUUAUAUUACAUUAUGUUACAGCCUUAUUCUAAAAUGGAAUAAAUGUUUUUUUCCCCUCAUCAAUCUACACACAAUACCCCCCUACUGACAAAGCAAAAAAACCAUUUUUUUAGGAAAUGUGUGCACCAUUUAUUUACAAAUAAAAAACGGAAAUAUCACAUUUACAAAAGUAUUCAGACCCUUUACUAAGUACUUUGUUGAAGCACCUUUGGCAGUAAUAACAGCCUAGAGUCUUGGGUAUGAUGCUACAAGCUUGGCACACCUGUAUUUGGGGAGUUUCUCUCAUUCUUCUCUGCAGAUCCUCUCAAGCUCUGUAAGGUUGGAUGGGGAGCGUUGCUGCACAGCUAUUUUCAGAUCUCUCCAGAGAUGUUUGAUCGGGUUCAAGUCCGGGCUCUGGCUGGGCCACUCAAGGACAUUCAGAGGAUUUUCCCGAAGCCACUCCUGCGGUCGUUGUCCUGUUGGAAGAUGAACCUUCGCCUCAGUCUGAGGUCCUGAGUGCUCUGGAGCAGGUUUUAAUCAAGGAUCUCUCUGUACUUUGCUCCAUUCAUCUUUCCCUCGAUCCUGACUAGUCUCCCAGUCCCUACCGCUGAAAAAACAUCCCCACAGCAUGAUGCUGCCACCACCAUGAUGCUGCCACCGUGAUGCUGCCACCGUGGUCCUCUGUAGCUCAAUUGAUAGAGCAUGGCGCUUGUAACGCCAGGGUAGUGGGUUCGAUCCCCGGGACCACCCAUACGUUAAAAUAAUGUAUGCGCACAUGACUGUAAGUCGCUUUGGAUAAAAGCGUCUGCUAAAUGGCAUAUUAUUAUUAUUACCAUGCUUCACCGUAGGGAUGGUGCCAGGCUUCCUCUAGACGUGAUGCUUGGCAUUCAGGCCAAAGAGUUAAAUCUUGGUUUCAUCAGGCCAGAGAAUCUUGUUUUUUGGUACCCUUCCCCAGAUCUCCUGCUCGGAGCUCUACGGACAAUUCCUGCGACCUCAUGGCUUGGUUUUUGCUCUGACAUGCACUGUCAACUAUGGGACAUUAUAUAGACAGGUGUGUGCCUUUCCAAAUCAUGUCCAAUCAAUUGAAUUUACCACAGGUGGACUCCAAUGAAGUUGUAGAAACAUCUCAAGGAUGAUCAAUAGAAACAGGAUGCACCUAAGCUCAAUUUCGAGUCUCAUAGCAAAGGGUCUGAAUACAUAUGUAAAUAAGGUAUUUCUGUAUUUUAUUUUUAAUACAUUUGCAAACAUUUCUAAAAACCUGUUUUCGCAUUGUCAUUAUGGGGUAUUGUGUGUAGAUUGAUGAGAUUUUUAUUUUAUUUAAUCCAUUUUAGAAUAACGCUGUAAAGUAACAAAAUGUGGAAAAAGUCAAAGGGUCUGAAUACUUUCCGAAUGCAGUGUACGCAGGACUACUCUGAAUAAUGGUAGCAUCCACAUUAAUGUAGAAGUGUUUAAAAAACAUUCUAUUAUUGUUUACAAUAAAAGUGACUCCAAAAUGACACAAUACAUUAUUUACCAUUUUUAUUGGGCACAAAAUAAUCUGAAACACAACCAAAACUAACAGCAAAUACAUCCAACAAGUUUGUAGAGGCACAAGCUUGAUGUAAUCGCUGUACUUUAAUACACAUAUACAGUGCUGUGAAAAAGUAUUUGCCCCUUUCUGAUUUUCUCUAUUUUUCAAAAAAAAAUUUUUUUUUAUUCUGAAUGUUAUCAGAUCUUCAAACAAAACCUAAUAGAUAAAGGGAAUUUUUAUUUAUUUAUUUAAUUAACACAUUUAUGCAACACCCAAUUCCCCUGUGUGAAAAAAGUAAUUGCCCCCUUACACUCAAUAACUGGUUGUGCCACCUUUACCUGCAAUGACUGCAACCAAAUGCUUCCUGUAGUUGUUGUUCAGUCUCUCACAUUGCUGUGGAGGGAUUUUGGCCCAGAAAACUCAGCGACAUUUGUGGGUUUUCAAGCAUGAACUGCUCUUUUACACUACCACAACCAUCCUUGACCGUUGGUAUAAAGAUCUUACUGUGGAAUGCAGUGUUUGGUUUUCGCCAGGCAUAAUGGGACCCAUGUCGUCCAAAAAGUUAUACUUUUUACUCAUCUGUCCAUAGAACAUUCUUCCAAGAGUCUUGAUGAUCAUCCAGGUGUUUCCAGGUGCUUUUUGGCAAACUUGAGUCAACUUUUUGGACAAAAUGGGUCCCAUUAUUAUGAGACUUAUCAACAACUACAGGAAGCAUUUGGUUGCAGUCAUUGCAGCUAAAGGUGGCACAACCAGUUAUUGAGUGUAAGGGGGCAAUAACUUUUUUACACAGGGGAAUUGGGUGUUGCAUACCUUUGUUAAUUAAAUAAAUAAAAUAAUUAUACAUUUUUGUUGUUAUAUGUAAACUCAGGUUCCCUUGAUCUAAUUUUAGGUUUUGGUUGAAGAUCUGAUAACAUUCAGUACAAAAAUAUGCUAAAUAAAGAAAAUCAGAAAGGGGGCAAAUACUUUUUCACAGCACUGUAAGGGGGGACUAAAGUGGUAUCAUUUCUAAACGGUUUCCCCGAUUCGAAUGAAAAUACCUUCAAAUGAAAGCUGACAGUCUGCACUUUAACCCCAUAGUCAAAUCCAAAGGGCUGGAGUACAGAGCCAAAACAACAAAAAUGUGUCACUGUCCCAAUACUUUUGAAGCUCACUGUGCGUUUGUGUGUGUGUGUGUGUGUGUGUGUGUGUGUGUGUGUGUGUGUGUGUGUGUGUGUGUGUGUGUGUGUGUUCAAGGUGAACAAGGUCUUGAGGAACCAUCAUAUUAAACCUCACUGGAUGUUUGCUAUGGACAACAUCAUCAGACGAGCAGUACAGGCUGCAGUCACCAUCCUCAUACCAGGUGUGUGGGGUCACUGCUAAAGCGCUCAAUAAAAAUAGUUGCUGGAGAAAAAAACUUGAUGAAUUGUAGCAACCUAACCCUUCACCCCUGACCUUUAACCCUCCCUGUAGAGCUCCAGACCCACUUCGGCCCGGCCUCGGAGAGCGAGGGACCAGAUAAGGAGGAGGAGGAAGAGGAAGAGGAGGCAGAGUUUGGCCCUGUAUUGGUCACGCCUCCAGACGACCCUGCUGUGACCCCCAACCCCGUGGUGACCUCAGCAGUCAGCACGCUCAGCUCCGCCCUCUCCUCCCCUCCUCCGCCUCAGCGCUCACAGCCUCUCGGAGCCCAGCUGGGACGGCUCAAACAGGAGACCAACCGGUGUGUGUGUGUUUGUGUGUGUGUUCUCACUGAGUCCUGGAAGCCAAACAGAAUCAGUUGUAUCACACACACAUACACACACACAGAUAAAUACUGUAUAGUGUAUACACAUACACACAUACCAACAAAGAGAGGCUGACGGACUUGCUAAAGGCUAUUUUUGAAGAAGGUUUCGAUUUGAUGUUGAUAAAGGGUUGUCUUACCUACUUAAAAUAAAUGAACCUAAGUGCUUCUAGAUAAGAGGGCUUGAUGAGUAGCAGAUGAUGAAUGAAGUGGCCUUGUAGGGCCUCGAGCCUCAGUAAUGUAGUGUAAUAUAAUAAAUAUGUGGAAUGGCUGUCCUGUUCUGCCCCCUGCAGGUUGUUGGAGGAACUGCUGCACAGGGAGAGAGAGUACCAGCAGGUCCUGAAGACAACACUACAGCAGAGACAACAUGACCUGGAGCUGGUCAGGGUCAGACACAGACCCCCAGGUACACACACACACACUGGUAUCCCUGGUAAUUUCUCUCUCCUCCUAUCUCUCUCUCCAACUCUCUUUUUAUUUUUCAGACGUUCCUCCUCCCUCUAUCUUCCAAGUCCCAGUUGACCAGGUGCCCGAUAAGCAGCUCACUGAUUGGCUGAAAGACCAGAGUGCGGAUGCAGACACCAUAGACAAGGUUGGUCCAUCUACAUUGUGUUUGUGUUGUGGGUCCAUGAGGGAAAUUGCCACGGGGGAUGAGGGGACAUGUCCCCGCCAAUAUUCAUAACAGGUCCAUUCCCCCCCAAUAAUUUAUUUAAAAUAAAAAAAUGGGUUGGGGGCCCUCCAGAUAGCAUAUGAACACGUCAUAAGCAAUGGCAAAAUGUGUAGAAUUGCAGGAAAUUACCUUUAACAGUCAAAUUUGAGCACGAAAAACUAACUAGUAACUCCUCCAGUAUGUGUUGACAUCAUUUCACAGGAUAUGUUUUUGAACGGAAGCUGUAGAGAUCGGUAAGGAAGGGCACUUCUGUAGCCAAAUAUCUAAUUCAUCCAUAGGCAUUAAAUGACCUGGUAUGAUGGUGCAUUUAUCAGUUAUACAGUUUAAAUAUGCUAUCUUUGCAUUUUUGCACAAAGUAGAUCUUUAAAGUAACUGUCCAAUGUUUCCAGAUUUCUAUGAAAUAUGACCUAUAAUUAAUUACAAAAUGAGUGAAAUUGUUUUCCUUCACAAAAAAAUGCAAUUAAGUAUGUUAAAAAACAUAUUUUCUGUGUUGGAAUGGUGUGGGCAUGCCCCAACAAUAGAAUGGUGUUGGCCUAUACCGGUCAAUAACAAUAUUAAUGCCAGUAGACUGCUGAUUGGCCAGCUCAUCCUCCUCAGGAGGAUGGCAUCAUCCUCUAUGAGGAAAUAGAAAUAACUUUUUAAAUGUCUGUUUGAGGUGGGGGUUUUUGAGGUGGGGUUUUUGAAGUGUUUUUUUCUCCAAUUUAUGCUUUGGCCACAAAUACCAGUAUAGGAUGAGUUAACAGAAUAAUAACUUUUAAAAGUGAGAUUUUCACUGGACAGUUACUUUAAAACUGCAACAUUUCGAUCACCUUCAUGGCAAAAUGUGUAGAGUAUCAGGAAAUUAGCUUUAAAACUGCAAAAUGUUCUCUCAUCCUCAUGGUAAAAGUUAAGAAUAGCAUGAGAUGAGCUAUAAAACAGCACAUUUUCCUCUCUGCCCCAUGGCAAAAUUUAUAGAAUUGCAGGAAUUUAGCUUUAAAACUGCAACAUUUUCUCUCAGACUCAUGACAAAAUGUGAAAACAGCAUUAUAAAACUGCAACAAAAAAAAACUCCACUUAUACUGUGUUUUCAAAAUACCCCUCUAUACUGUAUACCCCUCGAAAUAACCAUCAAGAGAGGGAUAAUAAGUCAGGUCAUACUGUGUAGAAUUGCAGGAAAUGUGUUUUAUAAAUGUAAAAACUAAUUCUGGAGGAGGACCCCUGUCUACCCCUGUCUACUGUCAACCCCCCCCCCAUAUGUUUAUAUAUCAGUUAUGUAGUUGAGUUGUAGUAUGGUUUAGAGGAGGCUGGUGAGAGGAGCUAUAGGAGGAUGGGCUCAUUGUAAUGGCUGGAAUGGAAUACAUUUUAUUUAACCUUUAUUUUAUCAAGGAGUCAUACUGAGACCAAGGUCUCUUUUACAGAUGAGCCCUGAAUUAAAUUCAUUACAGAAAAUACACACAUCAAUAUCAAUAUAAAUAUAAAGACAAAAUGCAAGCAGAAAGAAAGAAAAGUGAAUGGUAUUACAUACAUCAAACGUAUGGAAACCACAUCUUUGACUCUGUUUCAUUUAGCCAUUCCAGCCAUUACAAUGAACCCGUCCUCCUAUAGCUCCUCCCACCAGCCUCCUCUGGUAUGGUUGUAUACUGGUUAUAGUAUGGUUCUAUGUAGUUGAUUUUUCUGUCUCAGUUUGUAAUGGAGGAGUACACGCUGAGCGAUGUCCUUAAUGAUGUCACUAAGGAGGACCUACGCUACCUACGCCUACGGUAACUACUGUGUUUGUGUGUGUGUAUGUAUCAUCACAUAGUAGGACCUGUGGCAACACACUUUAAGUAAUACUGUAUUUUUGUUUUUCUCUCUCUCUCUCCGUGUGUGUGUGUGUGUGUGUGUGUGUGUGUGUGUGUGUGUGUGUGUGUGUGUGUGUGUGUGUGUGUGUGUGUGUGUGUGUGUGUGUGUGUGUGUGUGUGUGUGUGUGUGUGUGUGUGUGUGUGUGUGUGUGUGUGUGUGUGUGUGUGUGUGUGUGAAGGGGUGGGGUGCUGUGUCGUAUCUGGCGGGGUAUCCAGAGGCACAGAGAGCGAGAGAGGCUGACAAGGGAUGACCCCAAAGAUGACGGAUGA